AUGAAAAACAGAGGUGCAGGAUACCUGAAGCAGGUUAUGGCGCUGCUAGUGUCGGCGGCGAAGAACAAGACGGUGGCUGUGAAGAGCAAAACGAGGGCCAUCAAGGCUCGGCUGAUCAUAUUCUCGCUGUUAAGGGACAAGAAGGUGCUGCUGGGACCCAUCUCUAACAAGCUCCACGCCUGCCUUCUCAGUGUCAGCCAAAGCCAGGACCAUACUUAUAAACAGCAACAUUGGAGCGCAGUUGAAGCGUGCGGGGACCAGAGCAACUCUAUUCUUCUGUACAACAAAAAGAAUGCCACUGCCACGGCAGCGACCAAUAUCCAACAGUUCCACUUUCACACCGAGGAGGAUUUGGUAGAUCAAAAGGCUGAGGCGCAGCAGGAGCAUUUGCUGCAUAGGUGGAUGUAUGAAGAAGAAGAAGAAGAAAAUGAUGAAAUGGAGGGUUCAGUGAUAGAUCAGCUGGUGAGGAACUCAAAGGAGAAAGAAGGGGAGGAAUAUUUCAAACUGGAGGAGGAGGAGGAGGAGGAGAUAGACAUAGACCUGGUGGCGGACUUGUUUAUAAAGAGGUUCCACCGUCAGAUGAGGAUGCAGAAGCAGCACUGCUCUUUCAAAAACUACCAGGAGGGAGGACAUGAUGCAGCGAAGCCUCUGACAUGUCAAUUUAUUCACCCACAAAACUGA